GCUCCUGGAGACCAUCCAUGGUGGCAGCUAUGUCCUGGAGGUGGCCUUUCUCCUGCGCAGGGACAGCAGCGCCUGGAAGGUGGUGAGGGGCUGGCCCGGCCAGCUCCUCCUGCCCUGCAGAGGGGGGGUUCAUUUCAGCAGCUCAAUCGGUGUCAAUGAAGUAAAAGCCCUGGCUGCAUUAAUGACAUACAAAUGCACCGUAGUGGAUGUUCCUUUUGGUGGUGCCAUGGCUGGUGUGAGGAUCUAUCUGAGGAAAUACUCGGAACAUGAGCUGGAGAAAAUAACGAGGCAGUCUACUGUAGAAAUGGCCAAGAAGGGAUUUAUAGGGCCUGGGAUUGACACGCUGGCCCCUGAUGUCAGCACCAGGGAGCUGGAGAUGUCCUGGAUAGCUGACACCUACACCCACACGCUGGGGUACCGGGACGUCAAUGCCCAGGUGUGUGUGACAGGAAAGCCCAUCAGCCUGGGAGGCAUCCACGGGUGACGCUCUGCCACCGGGUGGGGGGUCCUGCGUGGCGUUGGGAACUACAUCACCAACACCGACUACAUGGACUGCAUCAGCCUGAGCCCCGGCUUCCCGGGCAAGACCUUUGUGCUGCAGGGCUUUGGCAAAGUGGGGCUGCACACCAUGAAGAACCUGCAUGAGUGCGGAUCCUGCUGCAUCUGUGUUGGGGAGACAGACAGAGCCAUUUACAAUCCCAGAGGGACUGACCCCAAGGAGCUAGAAGACUGUGAGCAGGGCCAUGGCACCAUAGCUGGCUUCCCAAAAGCAGAGCCCUUUGAGGGUGGCAUCCUGGAGCUGCCCUGCGACAUCCUCAUCCCUGACGCUAUUGAGAAGCAGCUCACGAGGGAGAAUGCACCCCAGGUGCAGGCAGAGAUCAUCACAGAAGCUGCCAAUGGCCCCACUACACCAGCAGCACAUAAAAUAUUCCUGCAAAGAAACAUCCUGAACAUAUAUGUGAAUGCAGGUGGUGUGACUGUACCCUUCUUCAGGUGGCUGGAGAACCUGAACCGUGUUAGCUACGGCUACCUUAGCUUCAAGCACGAGCAGGAAUCCAGCUACUGCCUCCUGCCGUCAGUGCAGCACAGCCUGGAGCAGUGGUUUGGCAAGGCUGGAGGGGAGAUUCCCAUCGUCCCAUCCCCAGAGCUCCAGGCCCGUGUGACUGGUGCCUCAGAGAAGGACAUCAUGUAUCCGGGACUGAUCUACACCAUGGAGCAGUCAGCCAAGCAAGUUAUGACCAUGGCUGCAAGGUACAACCUGGGCCUGGACCAGAGAAGCGCUGCCCACCCGUGUGCUCUGCCGAAGGUGCUCGCUGU